AUGUCUAGGACGUUACGAGCUGGCGAGUGUCACUCUGUCCGUCUGUUCCAUAACAGUCCUAGACUAACGGUUAGCGAGUGGAGAGGUUUUGAUUUAGUACAUACAUAUCAAGUAAUUCUUGAACGAACUCUAUCGAUUCUAAUACGAUUUUUUUAUAUUCCAAUAAAGACCAUGUCAUCGCUAAGGCUGAUGAUAAGCCGCGUCGCGGGCAGUCGAGUUGCGCGCGGUGUAGGGAGACCGACUGAGCCGGUGGUGUUAGCAGUAUUGUUACCUCAGAACACGCAAAGUAAUACACGAACAAUGGCAUCAAAAGCGGUCACGAUAGAAAAUAUUAACCCAAAUAUUCUGAAACUGGAAUAUGCUGUGCGAGGACCUCUGGUCAUCCGCGCCGCGGAAAUCGAAAAGGAAUUGGAGAAGGGGGCAAAGAAGCCUUUCAAAAGGGUGAUCAGAGCCAACAUAGGCGAUGCUCACGCCAUGGGACAGACUCCCAUCACAUUUAUUAGACAAGUGCUGGCGUGUAUAUCUCAUCCAGAUUUGAUAGACAAGGGUGACUUCCCAGAAGACGUUAAGCAGAGGGCGCGGGACAUCCUCGGUGGUUGCGGGGGAGGUUCAGUGGGGUCGUACACGGCAUCCCACGGCAUCGAGCUGAUCCGCCGCCACGUGGCGGAGUACAUCGAGCGGCGCGACGGGCACCCCGCGCGCUGGCAGGACAUCUGCCUGUCGUCGGGCGCCUCCACCGCCAUCAAGAACUGCCUGCAGCUGUUCUGCAACGACCUCGGCGGGAAGAAGUCCGGUAUAAUGAUCCCCAUCCCCCAGUACCCGCUGUACUCGGCGUCGCUGGCGGAGUACGGGCUGGAGCAGGUGGGCUACUACCUGGACGAGGACUCCAACUGGGGGCUCAGCACGGCGGAGCUGGAGCGCGCGCUGCAGGAGGCGCGCGCGCGCUGCAACGUGCGCGCGCUCGUCGUCAUCAACCCGGGGAACCCCACGGGACAGGUGCUGACGCGCGACAACAUCGAGGCGGUGGUGAAGUUCGCGCACAAGCACGGGCUGUUCGUGUUCGCGGACGAGGUGUACCAGGAUAACAUAUACGCGCCUGGCAGCAAGUUCUACUCCUUCAAGAAGGUGUUGACGGAGAUGGGCCCGACGUACCAGGAGCUGGAGCUGGCGUCGUUCAUGACGGUGAGCAAGGGCUACAUGGGCGAGUGCGGGCUGCGCGGCGGCUGGAUGGAGCUGCUGCACCUGCAGCCCGACGUGCAGGCGCACCUCUACAAGUGCAUCUCCGCCAUGCUGUGCCCCUCCGUGCUGGGGCAGGCCGCCGUCGACUGCGUGGCCAAGCCGCCGGCGCCGGGUGAGCCCUCGCACGAGCUGUGGGCGCGCGAGAAGGCGGGCGUGCUGCGCUCGCUGGCCGAGCGCGCCGAACUCAUCGUCGACACCUUCAACACCAUGGAGGGGUUCAAGUGCAACGUCGUGCAGGGCGCGAUGUACGCGUUCCCGAGCAUCUCGCUGCCGGCCAAGGCGGUGGAGGCGGCGCGGCGCGCGGGGCAGCCGCCGGACGUGUACUACGCCUUCCGCCUGCUCGAGGAGACCGGUAUCUGCGUGGUUCCCGGCAGCGGCUUCGGGCAGCGCCCCGGCACCUUCCACUUCCGCACCACCAUCCUGCCGCAGCCGCCGCUGCUGCGCGAGAUGCUCUCCAUCUUCAAGACCUUCCACGAGAACUUCACCAAGGAACACUCC